CUAUCUAUUACUACUACUACUGCUGUUACAGAAGCCAUUUCUCCUGAGGGUUAUUGAUAAUUACCAUUCCCCAUCUUCGUAAAAUAGGUUAACUCAAAAGUGCCGGCAGUCUUUGAGCAAUGAACCAGAUGUUUAGUGUCAGACAGGUGGCCAAGUACCUAUUUGCCCCGAGAAUCUCGGGUCAAGUGAGGAGACUAGAAACUAGCUCAGCGAUAUUUAGCUCAGAAUCUAGGUCACAACAUGAAGGGGCAACACAUUCGGAAAAGAGGGCCGAUCACGAAGAGGUGAUGCACUCCGAAAAGGCUGCAGGCCCAGAAGAUUCAUCACAACAAGAUUUAGGAAGUGAUUUUCAAUCAGCCCAAGAACAGGAGGAACCAUUUUUUGAUGCUUCAGAUGCUGAAGAUCAGCUCAGAAGGGAAAUUUUAGAUGCUUCUCUUCCAUUUGUUCACUCGUUUGGAUGGUCGCAAGAUGCACUUUCUCAGGGGGCUGAGAGUCUUGGUUACUCUGGUAUGGCACACGGAUUGUUUCCAAAGGGCGGCGUUGAGCUAGUCAAUCAUUUUUAUGCUACUUGUAAUGGAAGAUUACAGGGAUUUUUAGAAAAUGAAGCUGAGCUUGUAAAAGAACAACCUGAAAUAAAGAAGGGAACCACAGCAUUCAUAGCUUGUGCUGUAGAAGAAAGACUCCGGAUGAAUGUCGAGUACCUUGAUAUUUGGCAUAAGGCAUUAGCUCUGCAUGCAUCACCUCUCAAUGCCCAGAGGGCUCUGGAAAAUAUCACCACUCUAGUUGACCACAUCUGGUAUCAUGCCGGUGACCGUUCGACCGAUUUCAACUGGUACACCAAAAGAGGCAUAUUAGCUGCUAUUUACAAAACUACAGAGAUCUACAUGCUGCAGGAUAAAUCAGCAGAUUUCCAGGAUACUUGGGCUUUCAUGAAUCGUCGAUUAUCAGACGUCCAUUCUGUUGGGAAAUGUGCUCGGUCAGCUGAAGCCUUUACAGGAAAUUUUGUGAACUUUUCAAAAGCAGGUCUUGCCACUGCAUUAAACAUCUUGGGAAUGAAUGCCAGAACUCGUUGAUCACAGAACUAAGGAAGAAUUAUGUAGAAUUUACUCUACAAAGUUUUUGUGUACAUCUUGUAUGUAGUUUGUAUUAAAUAUAAAUAUAUUAGUU